GAGCCAAGGAAGAAUGGGAAGAUGGGUGGCGGCCAAUGUCUUCUUUUCCUAGCUUGUUAGAAGAGUGCUCUCGGGUUCUCCCUCCCUCCUUCCCUCUCAAUCUUUAUGCUGCGCUCUCAGCUCUCCGCGCUCACAGCGUCUCCGGCUCUCCACACCGCUCUGAAAGCAAAGUGUGCGCUCCACUCCGUGCCCAUGCCGCCGCAUCCUGCCUUUACGCACGGAACAAGACUUUAGAAGCGAGGAUACCUGCGCGUUCUCAGGAUACAGAAGCAACGUGUGACUUUUCCCCACGUGGCCGUGGAGCUUUAAAGGCGCUACAGGCUGUCUGAGAUGGUGAAGGAAGUCUUUUCUAAACUACAGACGGCUAGAGAAAGAUAGGCCUGAGGAAGGCUGGGAAACUUUUAAGAAGACUUGAAUAAGCAAACAUCAGCACAAAAAGUUAAGAGGGAGAAGGAAAAGCGCUGUUUGGGCCCUGCCCAAGCGGGUUCAUUAACAUUAACAACAAAGCCAAUAGGUUGUGUUUUUUUUUUUUUUUCUUAAGGGGGUCCCUCACCAACCAGCAAGAUUUCGCCCAAAAGCAGACAGGAGGAGCGUCCUGCUCUGACGAGACUGGUCGGCAGGAAGCGCUUGAUCGCGGCCGGGGUGCUCGGAGUGGUCAUGGUGCUCGUGCUGGUCGUGCUCAUCCCGGUGCUGGUGAACUCGGCCGGCACUUCGGCACAUUACGAGAUGCUCGGCACGUGCAGGAUGGUGUGCGAUCCGUACGGCACCAAAUCCCCGAGCAGCACGGCCACGGCGGACACGGCGGCGCGCGACACCGGCCUCGUGCAGUCACUGCCCACCUUCAUCCAAGGGCCGAAAGGAGAGCCGGGACGGCCCGGGAAGACAGGACCGCGGGGCCCGCCUGGAGAGCCAGGUCCUCCAGGACCCGCAGGCCCACCUGGAGAGCGGGGAGAACCGGGACGACCAGGCUUACCAGGACCCCCGGGGCCAAACGGCGCUGGCGCCAUCAGCGCCGCCACCUACAGCACCGUGCCAAAAAUCGCCUUCUACGCGGGCCUUAAGAAGCAGCAUGAGGGCUACGAGCUGCUUAAGUUCGACGACGUCGUCACUAAUCUGGGGAAUCACUAUGACCCGACCACAGGAAAGUUUACCUGCUCCAUACCGGGGAUCUAUUUCUUUACUUACCAUGUGCUGAUGCGGGGUGGAGACGGUACCAGCAUGUGGGCAGACCUCUGCAAAAACAACCAGGUCCGCGCAAGCGCCAUCGCGCAGGACGCGGAUCAGAAUUACGACUACGCCAGUAACAGCGCGGUGCUGCACCUGGAGCCCGGGGAUGAAGUGUACAUCAAACUGGACGGCGGCAAAGCGCACGGAGGCAACAACAACAAAUACAGCACCUUCUCUGGCUUUAUCAUCUACGCCGAUUAGGACACGAGCUUUCUUCCUCUUCCCGGGCUUUUCCGACCCAUGUCCUCCUUUUCGCACUCCCUUUUCCUUUUCAACCUCUACAGAGCCAGUGGCUGGAGACACACACCCACCCACCCACACACACACACACACACACACACACACACACACACACACACUCAUCCGCGCCAUUCACCUUAAACAUGGUAGUGUAAGAGUGUGUGGCCGGGAUGGUCCGUCUCUCCGUGUCUAAUUCAAAAGUCACACACCUGAAGGACAAGUGAUAUAAUCCCGAUCACCGAGAAGAACACUGACGAAGAAAAAGAAAAAAAAAAAAAAAACAUCCCGCCGUCGAUCGCCAAAGCAGUUACUUGUACUGUAAGUUGUUGCUUCUGUAGUUAACAACGAAGUCUAUCUGUAAGAUGCAUUGUAAUUCUGGAAAUGAGAUCACUAGUAUGUGCAAUAAUGUUCACUAAAUUAGGCUUAUGACCAUAUUUCAGAUAUUGCAUUGGUAAUCGCUGGUAGGCCUAAUAAAGUUCAGAUCAAUACAAUUUAAAUCAGUGCUCAUGGCUGCGUCCCAUUCAGAAGGCAGCUGCCUUAGUAGUUAACCUAGAUUUAUCCUCUCUCUCUGUAUUAAGCAGCAUUUUAACUGAGAGCAAACUUUUACUAUGAAUCACAUUCGGGUCUCCCUUCAACCUGAUAUUACGUCAGCGCUUUAUACUUGCUGUGCACGUGAUAUUUGCUUAUGGACCCUUUCCACAGAGCCAGAUGACGCAUUUCCGGUUUGGUUUAGCAGGGUAAACCUAGCAAGCGUUAGCAUCAUGUAGAACCAAAUCAUCCUAACAGUAAACACACACACAAAGGGUUACACACAGGUCUGUUCAGUAUUACAAACCAUCAAACACACUAACACAAACCACUAAAAGUGUAUUUUGUGUUAAACUUUCUAAUGGUGAAGCCUGGCUAUAAACAUGAAAUGUAAUAUAUAGCACAUGACCAGGAGGCAGAGAACACCAGUACUGUCAAUCAGUCAAUCAUGAUCCACAGCCACGUGCUAUACUAUUAUAUGUUCACAUUAUGUAUACUCAUAUCAGUAUACAUAUACAUAUACAUUUCAUAACUUCAUAUUUAUUAAUCAUAUGAUACAUAAAAUACACUCCUUUUUGGCACAUAUUUGUUUUUGCGUAUCACUCAUAUUGCACAUACACUUCUUCACAAAUUUUCAGCUUUGCACAUUCCGUUGCACAUAUUUCUUUGUAUAUUUGUUUACAUUGCACUUUAUUUUUAAAUCUUGUUCAUAUUUAUAUUCAUCACUUGAUAUGUAUAUACUCAUCUCUCUCUCUCUCUGGUU